AUGGAUGAAGAGACAGAGGAUCUCUCUGGGACACAACCACUACCAGAUGACUCUCAAACUGGACCUGCCACUGAUCUAUUGAAAUCUAAAGCAUCUUUCUCCUCAUGCUCCCCUGCCCCUGGUUCAGCCGUUUCUGCCCUGCAAUCUAAAGUCAAAGCAGUGUCCCAGAGAAAGUUAAAGGGGAUGGAGAGAGAUGAUCUAUUACCUGAGGGUUCCGCAGAACAAUCAGUGAAGAAAAACCAAGACGAUGAAGCGCAGUCUACUUGUCAAACAGAAUACACUGACCAGAGCAAUAAAUCAAGCACUGGAGAUAAAGAAGUGCUCGAACCCAUCUCUGGGAUGCAAGGAGAAAAUGAGACUUGCAACAAAAGUGGGAAAGACAGCCCAUCUCAAGGUGCACCAGAAAUGUCCCGUGGGAUUUGUGAAGGGUCUAGCCUAGAAAACAUUGCAGUGGGUGUAGCUGGUGAGCCUCAAGGGGACAUCGCAAUGAAGUCAACGAUAUCUUCUCCCAGGCACUGGGCUCCUCCCAAGGGCUUUUGGCGAGUGGCACGACCAGAGACGCUACUUCUUAAUUCAGAGAGUUCCUCCACACUGGUAACUCCAAAGGAUGUACCACCCACAAAUGAGGACAGUCCAAAAUGGAAGCCAAAACUAAAGACUGUGGGCACAAUUGUUCACAAGGAGCUGCAAAGGUCCGACAGCUUGGAAAGUGCUUUUCAUAGGUGUCUCCAGAAGGAGACUGCAUCAGCAGAUCCAGUUAGUGUGCUGUGGAAAGCAGACAGUUGGGAGACUGUGUGCUCCAGGGGAGGGUCUUUGUCUAUUGCAGAGAAAGUUGAGAUGAACAAGACAUUCCUGAACAAAUACCAAGUUGAUGCUAUCGAGAUCACAACUUCCAUGCGUCCAGAGGGACAGUAUCAACCACCAAAGGAGCCGCACAGAGAUUUACCUCCCUACAAAGUUGGUGACUGGGACUCAGCAAUUAUCUCAAAGGACCCUGUGUUUAACUAUAGACCGCUGAUCUCCGCCACUGAAGUAACUCUUAGUCCACGUCAUGAACAAGCAAAGCAUCUGUUAGAAAGAGCUCGAUUCAAAGCACGUUCUCAAAACCAUAAGAGUGAAACCCCCAACUGUCUUGAUCAAAGAGAGGGCCUAGAGGUCUUACCAGUUAAUGUGUCAUCUGCACUGCACAGUGCUGUUCUUGUCACGGCUCAAGAGGAGGUUACUUCACCUCUUCAGUCACUGGAUGUCCAGGGCAGGAACUAUGAAUGUGGGUUGCGCUCACUUCGGUAUGGCCAGUCGCCCACACGAGUGCGUUUCGAAGACGAGUCAGAAAAGGAGGCUGAGCGACGAUACCUGGAGCGGGUGCGUGAGCGUGGGCCAGUGGUGGCUGAAAAAUCCCACUCCACCCAGCAGCUGAAGGCAGAACCGGUAUACAACAUCCCAGAGGAAAGCAGGGGGGGAGCAAUAAACUGGGUAAACAUUGGUAUUCCUGUGGCCAUAUUAACCAAAGAGGGAGAGUGUCUGGCUGCCUUGGUGCCAAAGGACAAAUUGCUCAGGACAUGUGAAGCAUGUGGAAGCAUCUUGGGACCUGCACAGACCAAAGAUUGUCAUUCCCAGCUAACAAAAUGUAUCGUAGAUUCUCAGGAGAAGGCAGUCCCUCGAUGGGUAACCCCUAGCCAGGCAUGUCACCAAACCAUCCACCCAAACGUCAACCUGGCAGAAAGUGUAGAGCGGCGAGGUGUAGGAGGUGCAGGAGAUGCAGGCGAGAGCAUGUCAGCUUUUGGGAAGCUUCGAAGAAGGAGCACGAAAGGAGAAAGAAGAGUUGAAUGCAGUAAUGGUCCAUAUGCUCUGAGUCAGGAUCUAUGGGCUCAGAGAAGGAACUCCAAAACCAGGUCAAGUCUGGAGGAUAAAACUACUCGCUCUAAAUUGAAGACGUCUGCUCAAGGUGCUACAGAAACCUCAUCUGAACUUGAGAAUAAGGACAUAUCUAGCAAUGUCAAGGAGUCUUCCCCCUACCUCCCCAUCAAAUCGGCUCUGAAAUCAGGUUCCAAGGGUCGGCCAAUAGGGCAACGGGUGGUCAAGCUAAUGCCCUCAGUUCAGUACCACCUAAUUCACCUUGACCACAAGCUGGAUGGGAGCUCUCACCACGAAAACAUACAACCUGAAGAGCACCUCAGUGUCAAGCUCAGUGCCUCCCCUCAGGUUCAUCCAGUCACCUCAGGACUGACUUCUUGCAACAGACCAUCCUCUCUCAGGUAUUCCUCAUCUGUGCUGACCACAGACCUCCAGGCUUUAACAAUAUGGAACUCUGCAGGCGACCUAGUCACAGGUCAUUUGGCAGGUGAGAUUGUGUGCAGGGAUCCCAGAAGCACUUGCACAGCACUUGUUCCCUCAGAUUGCCACCCAGCUUUGAGAGCCAUGGGUACGUCAAAGGUAGAAGACCUGAGGGCAGAACUUCUGAGAGCAGAUUACCGAAAGGCUGAAAUACAUUGGGAUGACAGUUUAGUUGUGUCAAGGAGAGCAGGGGAGCGAGAAGGGCGACCUAAGCUAUCCCUCCGUCGUUUUUUCUCAGCCAUGGGACUGAACAGUAUGGGUAAGCUGGUUAAGGGCAGCCGGUCCAACAGCAUGGAGCACCUAUGUUCCCCCACUGCCCUCUACAGUUCUGCCUCCCCAAGCCCUACACACAGAGGCCUUGUCCUUCUGAAGAGAACCCCCUCUCUCCAGUCUCUCCACACAGAGUCUCCUUUGGCUCAGUUACGUAAAGCAUCUUCUGUCCAGAGUCUCCAGUCCCCAAAGGGGAAGUUUGAACGUUCCACUAUUUUAGGAGAGUUACCACUGCUGAGUUUGGCACCAAGGGAGCUUCAGACGGAAGAGAACAUAGAGUUUGGGCAACUGGUACAGGCCUCUCCUGAUGGAACUUUACUGAUAGAACUGACCAGACCUGCCAACAAUGGACCCUUUGGCUUUGUCAUCUCCAGGGUCAAAGGAAGACCUGACUCAGGUAUAUAUGUGGAACGGGUCGGAGACACUGCCACAGAGAAUAUCUACACUGGACUCCUGGGUGUUGGGGAUGAGAUUCUAGAAGUCAAUGGGGAAAUCGUUGCUGGACUGACCCUAGAUCAGGUUACACGCCUCAUGACCCGUGAUAGCAAAGCCACAAUCCGGAUCCGUCCACAUUCCUGGAACAAGCACUGAU